UGGCGCCAGCUUUUCCAGUGGUGAAGCUCGCCCCCAAUGCUUCGCGCGUGUUUCGCAGGUACUGUUCAGCAAUACCACCGAGCGUUCAAUCUUGAAGGCCAUGGGGGCACUAAAGGAGGCUCUCGCCAAGCUUCCAUGGCAAACACUGCAGCUGGCCAACCUGAGCUUCAGCACCAACUAUUGGCCGCUGGUAAAGAAGGUGCUCGUGGGCAUCGUCGAGUCGCCACGCGACUUCGAACUCGUCAUGGGUUGGCAUGUGGUGCACUAUGCGGCGCCCAUCACCAGUCACGAGCUGGCCACUGCGUACCACGACAUCUACGCUUCGUCGAUGGACGCAGUGCAAAAGCACAGGCGAUUCUGCUUCAGUAACGCGGUUCGGUUCUUCGGCGUCGCGUCCUUCUCCUUGUACGUGCGGGAUCACUACACCCCAGCCGUGCGCGAGGAAGUGGAGUCCAUGGCGAAGGCCGUGCGGCGAACCUACUUCGCCACCCUGACUGACUCCACGUACGACUGGGCCUCGCUCACCGACACGCUCAAGUACCUGAGGCGGUCGCAGUCCCACCGCGUCAGAGAGAUCCUAGACGACGUGGGGGACAUCCAUUUCGACAUCGUGGCCAACUACCGCACCAUGACCGUUGCGUACACCAAGGCGGGCGAGGACAUGGAGUGGCUGCUGGGAUACGAACUCGCCGAAAACAUUCCCUACCCGUUCCGGACCGGAGGCGAGGCGUCCAUGUUGCCAUGGGCCAUCGAGUUUCCUUACUACCGCCACGACGUGCCUGCCUACUUGAGGUACGGCUCGUUCGUCACUGCGUUCGCGCGUGUCACCGCCUGGCAGCACAGAUCCCACAAGUCGGAGUUUACGAAGAGGCACGAGAGCUGCUGCCGGCGCUCAGCUGCCAAUGUGUCACUCGCUUCCAUAAAUUCAGCCAGCGCCAUCGAGGCGUCCGCGAUCCUCUACCAGAAGGCCAGGUGGAGCCAGGGCGAGGGCGAAGAAGCAUCGCUUCCGGACCUGGCGCACAUGUCGCCGCUGCAGCUGUUCUUCGUGUCCGGCUGCUACAUAUUCUGCAAGCGAGGCACGGGGCACAUCCCUUGCAACGCCCCGCUUCGAUGGAGCGCCGACUUCCGCAAGGCGUUUCAGUGCCCGCCGGACAGUCCCAUGCUGGCCAACGAGACCUGCCCCGUGUUCAGCUCCUCGGGAAGCCGACCCGACGCGCGUUCUACGUAGCGCGCGUGAAGCUGUUCUGUGCGGACAUCUGCGCAGGCGCUGUCGGACACCUCAGCUGUGCGACUGUGCUGUUAAUCGAUUCGCCUCGGCUUACUAUAUAUCUCGUGUGCCAACUAGCGACUACGCAAGCUUGCGCUAUAACUUCGCUAUAGUGCUGCGAACUUUCCAUUGUCCGAUGUUCUUGUUUUAUUGUUAUCUGUGUGCCCUCCCCCCUCCCCCAUUCUGUGACACUUGAACUCUAGUCCCCGUUUGUUUACCUUAGCAGUUUCCUUUAUUUCCUUUCAAUUUUGUCCCUGUCCUUUUCUCACGCUGUGAGUAUUGACUGUGGUACGGAAGGCACCGGAUGAACAUGAAGGAGCUUCUUUUUUUAACACUUUGGUGCCAUCUUGAGUCUGCACCGUUUAUUUUCCCUGAAUGUUUGAUUGAAUUUCAUUUGUACAAUUUGGUUUUGUCGUCUGAUGAGACUAUCCGUCUUCCAAACUGCAAAUUAUAAAUCGAUAAUAACGACUACUUCUCAUUUCUUAGCUGUUGUUCGUUACGUUCACCUUUUCUCCCUGUUAACAUGCCAGCCCAUGAGACAUCUUAGAGCUGAGUUCUGGGGUCCUGUGUUUGUCAAAUCUGUUAGCAGACAAGGCAUAGAUGCUGCCUGAUUAAUUUGUUGGUUGGUUGAUUGACUGAUUGAUUGUUUAAUCAUGUGUUCAAUCAUGCUCAACGGUUUGUUUGUCUUCUUUCUGUUGUGUUGUCAUCACCGCUUUGAAGCAUAUCAUUUAUUGUUUUA